CGAACCCAGCCGAGGCGGUGCGCAAACGCAGUACAGUGCAAGCUUCGGAGCAGGUAAAGCAUUCGGUGAGCCGGGCUACUAUUGUUCGAGAGUGGACAAUCCUACGGGAUGGAUUCAAUACAGGUUCGCUACGACAACGUCGGUCUCUGCAUAUGAAGUGGAAUCUGUGAGCAAUUAUGGGGGCGCGUAUAAUCCCGUGUCGUGGACAUUCCUUGGGAGCGACAACGGUUGGGCUUGGACAACUUUGGAUAGCCAGACAGGUCAGUCGUUUUAUGAGGAUGGCGAGUCAAAGCACUUCGUUGUGGGUGGAACACCGAGCCCGACUCCAGUACCUUCACUACUUCCAACGCCGAGUCCAACUCCCGCGACUUCAUCACCAACGCCGAGCCCGACUCCGGCACCUUCACCAUUUCCAACAUUUAUCUUUAUUACCGCUUCGACGUGCAUUCAAACUCUUUCAACUCGUAUUGGUGCAUCGAUGAGCUCAAGUUCUACGGACCUGAUGGCGGUCUCAUCCCCGUCGAACCCAGCCGAGGCGGUGCGCAAACGCAGUACAGUGCAAGCUUCGGAGCAGGUAAAGCAUUCGGUGAGCCGGGCUACUAUUGUUCGAGAGUGGACAAUCCUACGGGAUGGAUUCAAUACAGGUUCGCUACGACAACGUCGGUCUCUGCAUAUGAAGUGGAAUCUGUGAGCAAUUAUGGGGGCGCGUAUAAUCCCGUGUCGUGGACAUUCCUGGGAAGCGACAACGGUUGGGCUUGGACAACUUUGGAUAGCCAGACAGGUCAGUCGUUUUCUGAGGAUGGCGAGUCAAAGCACUUCGUUGUGGGUGGAACACCGAGCCCGACUCCAGCACCUGCACUACUUCCGACGCCGAGUCCAACUCCCGCGACUUCAUCACCAACGCCGAGCCCGACUCCGGUACCUUCACCACUUCCAACGCCGAGUCCAACUCUGGCGACUGCAUCACCAACGCCGAGCCCAACUCCAGCGCCUUCACCACUUCCAACGCCGAGUCCCACUCUGGCGACUUCAUCACCAAUGCCGAGCCCGACUCCAGCACCGUCACCACCUGGACCCUCCUAUCUGUAUUACCGCUUCGACGUGCAUUCAAACUCUUUCAACUCGUAUUGGUGCAUCGAUGAGCUCAAGUUCUACGGACCUGAUGGCGGUCUCAUCCCCGUCGAACCCAGCCGAGGCGGUGCGCAAACGCAGUACAGUGCAAGCUUCGGAGCAGGUAAAGCAUUCGGUGAGCCGGGCUACUAUUGUUCGAGAGUGGACAAUCCUACGGGAUGGAUUCAAUACAGGUUCGCCUACGACAACGUCGGUCUCUGCAUAUGAAGUGGAAUCUGUGAGCAAUUAUGGGGGCGCGUAUAAUCCCGUGUCGUGGACAUUCCUUGGGAGCGACAACGGUUGGGCUUGGACAACUUUGGAUAGCCAGACAGGUCAGUCGUUUUAUGAGGAUGGCGAGUCAAAGCACUUCGUUGUGGGUGGAACACCGAGCCCGACUCCAGUACCUUCACUACUUCCAACGCCGAGUCCAACUCCCGCGACUUCAUCACCAACGCCGAGCCCGACUCCGGCACCUUCACCAUUUCCAACAUUUGCUCCGAUCCCAGAACCGACUCCGGCUCCAACGCCAGGUCCACCAUCAAUGACGGCGCCAGUAUCGACUAUCUUGACGUCACCAGUAGCAGCAGGAGAGACUGAGUUGCCGGUAGAGUCCACGGUGGGUUUCGGCGUCGGCAACAUAAUUUCGAUUCAGGGCGGAGGCAAUAUCGAGACGGGAAUCAUUGCAAGUAUCGGGUCGAUUGUGUUGACCAUUGGCUUGGCACACAGCUACCCGGCUAACUCCACCGUAAGUUCAGCUCUGGAGACUUCAUCACCAAUGCUGAGCCCGACCCCAGCACCUUCACCAAGUGGAUUUUCCUAUCUAGUGGCCUUGGGCUCAUUUCCAGAUCUUUAUUACCGCUUCGACGUGCAUUCAAACUCUUUCAACUCGUAUUGGUGCAUCGAUGAGCUCAAGUUCUACGGACCUGAUGGCGGUCUCAUCCCCGUCGAACCCAGCCGAGGCGGUGCGCAAACGCAGUACAGUGCAAGCUUCGGAGCAGGUAAAGCAUUCGGUGAGCCGGGCUACUAUUGUUCGAGAGUGGACAAUCCUACGGGAUGGAUUCAAUACAGGUUCGCUACGACAACGUCGGUCUCUGCAUAUGAAGUGGAAUCUGUGAGCAAUUAUGGGGGCGCGUAUAAUCCCGUGUCGUGGACAUUCCUGGGAAGCGACAACGGUUGGGCUUGGACAACUUUGGAUAGCCAGACAGGUCAAUCGUUUUCUGAGGAUGGCGAGUCAAAGAAUUUCGUGGUGGGUGCAACACCGAGCCCGACUCCAGCACCUUCACCACUUCCAACGCCGAGUCCAACUCCCGCGACUUCAUCGCCAACGCCGAGCCCGACUCCGGCACCUUCACCACUUCCAACGCCGAGUCCAAAUCUGGCGACUUCAUCACCAAUGCCGAGCCCGACUCCAGCACCUUCACCACCUGGACCCUCCUAUCUGUAUUACCGCUUCGACGUGCAUUCAAACUCUUUUGACUCGUAUUGGUGCAUAGAUGAGCUCAAGUUCUACGGACCUGACGGCGGUCUCAUCCCCGUCGAACCCAGCCGAGGCGGUGCGCAAUCGCAGUACAGUGCAUACUUCGGAGCAGGUAAAGCAUUCGAUGAACCGGGCUACUAUUGUUCGAGAGUGGACAAUCCUACGGGAUGGAUUCAAUACAGGUUCGCUACUGCAACGUCGGUCUCUGCAUAUGAAGUGGAAUCUGUGAGCAAUUAUGGGGGCGCGUAUAAUCCCGUGUCGUGGACAUUCCUGGGUAGCGACAACGGUUGGGCUUGGACAACUUUGGAUAGCCAGACAGGUCAGUCGUUUUCUGAGGAUGGCGAGUCAAAGCAUUUCGUGGUGGGAGCAACACCGAGCCCGACUCCAGCACCUUCACCACUUCCAACGCCGAGUCCAACUCCCGCGACUUCAUCACCAACGCCGAGCCCGACUCCGGCACCUUCACCACUUCCAACGCCGAGUCCAACUCUGGCGACUUCAUCACCAACACCGAGCCCGACUCCAGCACCUUCACCACUUCCAACGCCGAGUCCAACUCCCGCGACUUCAUCGCCAACGCCGAGCCCGACUCCGGCACCUUCACCACUUCCAACGCCGAGUCCAACUCCAUCACCAACGCCGAGCGCGACUCCGGCACCAGCUCCAACGCCUGCGCCAACAGUUUUGACGUCACCAGUAGCAGCAGGUGAGACUGAGUUGCCUGUAGAGUCCACGGUGGGUUACGGCGUCGGCGAUGUCAUUUUGAUUCAGGGUGGAGGCAAUAGCGAGACGGGGAUCAUUGCAAGCAUCGGGUCGAUGGUGUUGACCGCCGGUUUGGCAAACAGCUACCCGGGCUGGUGGGAUUCCACCGUGAGCUCAGCUCCGGAGGCUUCAGCACCAACGCCGAGCCCGACUGGGGCGCCAAGUCCGCCGAGCACGGCAGUCGGAGACCCCCACGUCACGAACCUGAUCGGGGACUCGUUCGACGUCAAUCAGCCUGGCGAGCACGUCCUCCUACGCCUUCCGAUUGAUGAGAGCGUUCCCCCCCAGUUCGAGCUCCGGGCCAUGAUGAGGCCAGCGCCUGCAUCGCCCUGCGGAUUAUGGAUAACGGAGGUAAUCCUUGGAGGUGAGUGGGUUGGCGCCGGCGAGAUCCGUGUGCACACCUCGACGGUCGCAGCCACUGGGAAUACGUCCGACCGUUUCGCCCUGCUCUCGGGGUUGGGAGGUUCUCCGGCCGCGCCAGUGUGGAAACCGUGGGCCGAUUUCGGCAAGGACGUGAAUGUGGCGUUGUCCAGCUGCGUGACAGUCAGGUCAACCUUCCAGGCCUUCCAGGGCGCUGUUGCCGUGAGGAACAGGAGGACGUUCGAGUUCCUCGUCGGGCCGGCCCCCGCUCUGGAUCAACGCUUCUCGAUCGUCGUUGCGCAGAUGGCGCGCCGCGCGGCGUUGGACGUGCAGGCAACGUGUCUCGGCCGGCUUCGGGGGUCCGCCCGCUUCGGGGGCCUCCUCGGCACCGAGAAGCCCGACCCCGCGGUGGAGGAGCUCUCCAAGGAGUGCGCCGCGCAUCAGAGGAACAGCAGCACGACCAGAGCCAGAGGGACCUGGCGGGACCUGGAGGCUGACUCGGUGCACGUGCAGCUGUACCAGUUUUCGGGCCGCGUGGCAUCAAGCAGGCUGAGCGCAUCGUGGUGAGUGGCUUUCACCGCGCCGUAGUUAAUUCCAGUGAAUUUAUAAUCAAUCAUAUUUGGGCCUUCGAGCCUCGUGCCCGCGCUUUGAAUUUCUUAACAUGUUCGGGGCAUUAUCGUGCUUUCGAGCCCUUCUGGGCGCCGAAGCUUGCCCCUUGAAUCGGAUAUGAGGGCUGCCCAAGAGGCUCGGCAUCUUUUUCUUGCUUUUGGCGGUUGUUUGUGCCGCCUGCACGCCCUCCUGUGCUCAGCUGCGUUCUUGCUCUGAUGGACACUGCGCAGGCCUGAGGAACGAUGCCGGCCUUCCCUUGCUGACCUCACGCAAAGCCGAGCCAUAUCGCGCACCUCUAGUUUGGCAACGCGCGCGCGUCAGCCCCCCCGCCCCCCCGCCGCAUCGCAUCGCACCGCCAGGCCACGGAUUUCCAGGUACCGUCCCAAACGAUGUUGGGCAUCGUGCCAGGAUAGCUUCGCACCAUGCUGGGGAAACUUGGCUUGCACUAGACUGUGUCGGAAUCGUGCUGGAAUAGUUUGGUAAGCU